CACAGCCACCUUCCCUUCGUCUCAAUCACUCGCCACUUCCUCUUUCUGCAACUCCGCUGGAGGGACAAACCCCCAAAACCCUAACUAGACUCCGAAUACAUCAAUAAAAAUCGGGGAUUUUGCUUUGAAUGAUCGAAUCAAGAUAUGCCUCCUAAGCAGCAAUCCAAGGCCGACUUAGCGAAGAAGCAGAAAGUCGUCGAAGACAAAACAUUUGGCCUCAAGAAUAAGAACAAGAGUAAAAAUGUUCAGAAAUACGUUCAAACCCUCCAACAAUCGGUCCAGUCUAAGCCCGACGCUUCAAAAAUCGCCGCUAAGAAGAAGAAGGAGGAAGAGAGGGCAAGAGAUAAGGAGCUGAAUGAUUUGUUCAAGAUUGCUGUUAGUCAGCCCAAAGUACCAGUUGGUGUUGAUCCCAAGUCUAUAUUAUGCGAAUUUUACAAAGUGGGUCAGUGUGCCAAGGGAUUUAAAUGCAAGUUCUCACAUGAUUUGAAUGUCCAGAGGAAGGGCGAGAAGAUUGACAUUUACAGCGACCAGCGUGACGAAGAAACAAUGGAGGACUGGGAUCAAGAGACACUUGAGAAAGUUGUGGAGUCGAAAAAGAAGGAAUAUAACCAGAAUAAGCCUACUGAGAUUGUUUGCAAAUAUUUUUUGGAAGCAGUGGAGAAGAAGCAGUAUGGAUGGUUCUGGGCUUGCCCAAAUGGUGGCAAGGAUUGUCACUAUAGACAUGCUCUUCCUCCGGGAUAUGUAUUAAAAUCUCAGAUGAAGGCACUUUUAGAGGAAGAGACUGACAAAAUAUCUAUCGAGGAAGAAAUUGAAAAUCAGCGUGGAAAAUUAACAAAGUCAACUCCAAUGACUCCUGAGCUGUUCUUUGAAUGGAAGAGGAAAAGGAUGGAAGAAAGAGAAGCUGGUUUGGCUGCCCAACGAGCAGAGAGGGCUAAGAAUGACCGGAUGAGUGGCCGGGAGUUGUUUCUUUCGGAUUCGAGCUUGUUUGUGGAUGAUGCUGAGGCAUAUGAAAAAUACCAAAGAGAAGAAGAACUUGUGGUUGCUGAACAAAAGGUCAAAGAAAAUUCUGCUGCUGCAGGGCCAAGUGCCUCAACAAGUGCUGUUGCUGAUUCCGAGGAAGCACUUCCCGAUGAGGAUGAGGAUGAGUAUGAUGAUGAUGAGCUGGACAUGGAUGAGUUAAAUGAGCUCGAAGCCAGUUUGUCAAGAACAUCUAUUCAAAUUCGUGAGCCAGGUGUUGAGGCUUCAUCUUGAGCAUUUGAGAGAGAGAGAGAGAGAGGAGAGGAGUGAGAGAACUGGCAACUUGCAUGCAUUUUAAGAGGAUUUACCAAAACUAUCCGGCUAGCUAAUUAACAACUUCUAGGGGGAAUAAUCUGUGUUGUAAUUUGGGAUGAUGAUCUUUUCUGUCUUGUACUUUGUUGUGUUUGGUCUGGGAUUACGGCUAAAUAUUUGGUAUAAGGCGGCAUCCAUUUUUUGAUUCA